AUGGCAGGCCCCAGGAGCAUCGCAGCCGGACUCCUGCUCCUGGCCCUGUGUGCCCACCACCUCGCCCCCGCGGGCUCCGUGGCCAUCCCCAUUUCCUGCUGCAUGUCCUUUGUUUCCAAGAAAAUUCCCGAGAACCGAGUGGUCAGCUACCAACUGUCCAACGGGAGCGUGUGCCCCAAGGCAGGAGUGAUCUUCACCACCAAGAAGGGCCUGAAGUUCUGUGGAGACCCCAAGCAGCAGUGGGUCCAGAAGUACAUGAAGAACUUGGAUGCCAAGCAGAAGAAAGCUUCCACACGGGCCAGGGCGGUGGGCGUCAAGGUCUCUGCCCAGAGACGCCCUGGCGACAGCACCACCACCUAAUCACUGCCCAGCCUGCAGCCCUGAGCUUGGGCCUGGGGUG